CUGGGUGGAUUGGUCAAGAGCCAAGAAGUUUGGGGGGGGGGAAUAGAUAGGGUGUGCAAGUCUACAGGGGGUUUUAGGCAGCCAACCCUUAAAACUUUACCAAAAAACUGAAACUGAUUUGUUGCUACUUCCUCUCCAUAUUCUCCCUCUCCCCAAAACAAACGACGAUGUCCAAAUCAGCCGCCAACGAGCCACCGGCUAAGGAAACGUCCCCUUCGUUGUUUCCCUCCUCGUCGUUGCCAGAUACGAUGGAUUUGAGCUGCUUGGCUCUCGUGCCGAGAUCAGACCACGCCGCCUUGUCUCUAGUCUCAAAAAGGUUUCACUCUGUACUGGCUUCGCAAGAGUUCUACAAGACGCGAUCGCUGUUGGGUCGCACGCAAGAGUUUCUCUACGUGUGCUUGAGCACCACGCCUAACCCGACCCCCAGCUGGUUUCUCCUCCGUCGUGAAACUAACAAGAAUCAACUGAUCCCUAUACCUUCGUUCCCCUCCCAGCCUGAAACUUUUUCCUCUUUCGUGGCCUUGGAUUGGGGGAUUUACGUGAUCGGUGGAUUUAAAGAUGUUCGCUCGCCGGAUGUAUUGCUCUUGGACUGUCGUACUAACACUUGGCGUAAAGUCCCUUCCAUGUCGGUUGGUCGUGCUGCAGCAGCGGCUGGAGUUAUAGACGGGAAGAUAUACGUGUUCGGAGGCUGCGAGGAGUUAAGUUCGCCAAACUGGGCUGAAGUGUUCGACCCGAACACUCAAACCUGGGAAACUUUAGUUCCCAUGGAUGAUCGGAACGAAGGUGAUAAUGUCAUCCGCGAGACGCUGGUGAUGGAUAAGAAGGUAUACGCAGUGGACUUCUGGAGCGGAAGCUUGUUUUACUACUCGCCGGGUGACGGCAAAUGGGGAAGGAAGAAGAUACCAGAACAAGUCCAGAGUUACUACUGUGUGAUGGAGAAAGUGUUAUAUGGUUGUGAUGAAGUAGGGAAUGUGGUUUGGCGGGAUUCAGAGGAACUGGAGUGGAAGAGAGUGAAAGGUUUAGAGGCUCUACAGUGGAAGCGUGUAAGGAAGCUUAGCAGUUUCGGCGGGAACAUUGGGGUCUUUUGGGUUGGGCUUAGGGGAGAUGUUUGGUGUGCUGAGAUUUCUUUGGAGAGACGCGAGGAGGAAGGUGAGAUUUGGGGAAGGAUUGAGUGGUCGGAAGCUGUCGCCACAUUUUACCGUAGCUUCACUCGUACCAAGGUUGAGGUUUUGUAUGCGGCCGCUGUUAACGUCUAAAACGAAUUAAUCAGUUGACAAAAAGGUGUGUGUGUGUGUGUUUGGGGAUAUUUUAUUUUCCUUUCUCUGGGUGUUGCAUCUUCAUAUUCUAGUUCGUAAUAAUUAAUAUGUUUUGUAUGAUUUAAAUGCUUUCCUUCUCUGUGUGUUGUCAAUGUCUAAUAAGAUGAAAAUCACAACUCUCUUAAUCAUUUGUUUUCUUUGGUUCA